ACAAGUGAUAAAAAAAGGAUUGAUAAGCCUUCUCACACGCGUGAAGUGAUAAAAGUUAGUGUUUGAAACCUAUCACUUUGUGCUUUUUUAACGAAUUUUUCACUUUGUCAGUUGUCUGUGGUUAGUCGGUUGGUGGGGAAUUAAAAGUCUCACGUUGAGGUUUCUAUAGUCAACUAGCGGUAAAGUGGUAGCCAAAAACCCAAAUGCAUCUGCUGAGAUACAGACCUCUUGCAUAAUAGCAGUUCUCAUGGAAGAAUUGCUCUGCAUCAAGUUUUCUGUGGUCGAAAACUGAUGGAAUCAUUUAAACUUUGAUACAAGCUUUCAGUUAAAAGGGCAAUACAGUCAGUGUUCUGCCCUAGCCAAAAAUGGUGAACAAAUCCUCAGGUUUGUCUGCUUCCAAAAGCAAACAUAAAAGGUCUGACAAGGAUAUCACGAAAGAUCGUCCCAAGAGAAGAAAAAGGAAUCGAUCUGAGAGCUCAGUCUCAUCUAGUGACCAAUCCUCUCCAAAACAUGUGAAACAUAAAAGGACAAAACACACCAAAAAAUCAAGGAAAAAAUCUGCGCGAAGGAAAAGCAGAAGUUCCAGUGAGGAGACCUCCAGUAGUAGCAGCAGCAGUAGUAAUGACAGUAGCAGCAGUAGUUCUGAAUCUUCAAGCUCUGAUUCUGAAGAGGAGAAGAGGAAGAAGUUGAGACGUAAGAAAAAAUUAAAGAAAAAGUUGAAGAGGUUGAAAAAACAACAGAAGAAGAGCAAAAAAUCUAAGAAGUUAGAAAAACGCAAGUCCCCUGAGAAAGAGCAGUUAUCACAAAGUCAAGAGCCAGUCGGUCCGCCCAUUCCUGAUGAGAUAUUAGAGCGUGCCAAAGCGAUGAAACCCAUGACAAAGGAAGAAUGGGAGAAAAAGCAAAGUGUAAUUAGAAGGGUCUACGAUGAAGAAACAGGUCGAAACAGAUUAAUCAGAGGAGAUGGUGAAAUACUAGAAGAAAUCGUUUCUUAUGAUCAACAUAAAAGAAUCAACCAGCAAGCAACAGCAAGUGAUGGUGAUUUCUUCCAACGUAAAUUGAAAACUUCAAUCACAUAAUUUUCAACGAAGUAAUCUGAUGAUCCCAAAAUAAUUGUACUUCCAAGAAAUAAAAACUUAAAAACCUUUAGUCCAA